GGGCCUUUCACCUUUACCUUGAACCUGAUGCUGCCUGGAUACACCCUGGCCUGCACAAACUGCAACUGGAUUACGCAGGAUUGCUGAGGAGGACAGAGCAAAGGAGGUGAAGGCAGCCAUCAUGAUCCAGGCCUGGUACCGAGGAUGCAGAGUGCGUGGAUACCUUAGGUAUCUGAACAGAAUGGCUAUAAUCAUUCAAAAGAAUUGGCGAGGAUACCUGGGAAGAAAGUAUUUCAGGAAAAUGAUGAAGACAGAAUAUUUUGUUGUGAAGAUGAAUUUCUACAAUGAAAUGGCAGUUAGGAUUCAAAAACGCUGGAGAUCAUACUAUGUACGAAAAUACAUUCAUAAUUAUUAUGCAAUUAAGAGUUACUUGGAGGGCCUGACCGUAAAGAAUGCAAUUAUCAGAGAGAAGCUGAAUGAAUAUGUAGAGACGACACUGAAGAGGCAGGAAGAAAUGGCCCUUGACAAUGAAGAGAGGAGAAAAGACUACCAGGCACAGAGAACGCAUUACCUUAUCAGCACUGAGCUCCGCCCAGGUGUCUUUAACUCUCCAUUCAGACUUUUCCCUGAUGAAAUGGAAUUCCGGCUGCAGCGUUGCCGACCUCAGAUCCACUCUGCACUUCCGGUCUGUGAGACAGAUCACACGACAAGAGCAUCUGGAUCAGCGGCUUCCUUUACGUCGGCUUCAAUGCAGCGUUUACCUCCAAUCUCGAAAAAGAAACUCCAAGGACCAUUCCGAGAUCCUGCUGAAGUAUUGCAGCAGCGCCUCAAACCUCUGGAGCCAACCCUGAGAGUCGCAACAUCAAUCACGUCCAUGGAAGAAGCGAGAAAGGAGCUGAAAAGAGAGGAAGAGAGAGGCCGGGUGAAUAACAAGUUAUUCUAUCCUUUCUCUAAAGCAGACAAUAAUACAAAAUAUGAGCCAUCCAUUCAUUCUUCAGGGUCGCCUGAGCUGAUUGCCUAUGGCAGUAAACAUUUUAGAGAUGAAAACCUGGAGUUGUUACAAGGCAAAAAGGCCUUUAAAACGGUGUUUACACCAAUACAGCUCUUUGACAAAUAUGGAAAAACGUAUUCAAGCAAUGGAAAUGUUGUGUGACGACCCCCAAAUGGAAUUAUUAGGCAGAAGAAACGCAAGUGAAGCAAAAGCCAGCGGCUGCCGAAGUGUGCUUCCUCAAAUCCCGACUGUCUAUUACAAGAUAAUGUUACAAGUGCAUCCUGCUGAUUAACGUUUAUGAAUCGAUUAACGAAUUGACCCAUCUUGAACAAAUGAAGAGGCCAAAGUGAUCAAGUCAAGUGGAUCCUGAAGGUUUAAGUGCUGCAUAUGGCAGAUGAGGAGCCCGUCCAAAGCACAGCACUGAAAAUGUUUGGCAUGCAGACACCCACAGAUACUGGGACUGAACUCGGACUGGAAAUUGACAUCCAAAUGUGUGAAGUUCAAACUCAGGUUUACAGUCAGUAGCCAGACACAGGCCUGCAUUUGUGCAUGAGGUAAUGGUGAAUCAAGCACUUUAUACAAUACAUUGGCAAUUUGUGCCUUCUGGAUUAUCCGGAAUUCUUUCUUCCAUGUCAUUUAGUGAGACUCAAAUUAUAACAAUGCAUUCACACAUUCAUUCCUGUAUUCUUAGGGCCAGGGUAGGAGCUGGGUAUCCAGGGUCUCCUUGCAGGUGUCUGAUAGAUGCCCCCCAGCUCGUUGAGCUCUGCUCUGCUAUCCAGUCUUCACUUCCUCAGAUGUUUCAAGCAUGUCUGGAUGUCUUCAGCAAGUCUUACCAAAUGACACAGGUUCACACAGCCUUACUGGCUAUAUAACAUCCUGUUUUGGUACCUGCUCAGUCCAGGGCUGCAGGACACUAGCUAGGGAGGUGAUGUUGGCACCGAAUACCAUUAGCUCACAGUUCCCAUCUGUCCAGGACACAGAUGAUGCACAUUUGCUUACAAACAAGAAUAAAUGUUUGUAUACUGUCGGUGGUCUCCUCCUCGUUCAGGACCAGUAGCACUUGGCCUAUCAGAUUCCAGGACAGUUUAUAUCCACUGGUCACAGGGCGACUGAAGAGCCUCUCAUACUGACUUGUCUUCAGUCUCUUGUCUGAUGUUUCAUUUAAUGUCUGACGUUGUAUUUAUUGUCUUUUUCCUUUUGUCAUCACUGGUCUGUGGGGCCAUGCAGGGAAGAAUUUCAUGUGCGUACACAUAGCAGUAAA